AUGCGUUUCUCUACCUCCAUCCUCGUUGGCGCUCUCGUCGCUGUCGUCCCUGCCCAGUCCAGCUCCUCCACCACUGUCGACACUCCCACCAGCACCUACUCGCUCACCCCCGAGCAGUCCUCUGUCGCCGCUUGCUACAACGCCUGCGACCAGACCGACGUCGCCUGCCUGGCCAAGUGCAACCCUGUCCCCAACCCCAGCGACGACCAGGCCAACAAGACCGUCGAGUGUGUCUCCAAGUGUGACCAGGGCAACGGCACCGAGACCGACAUCACCAACUACACCACCUGCCAGAACAAGUGCAUCUCCGAUUUCUACUACAACGACAAGAACGGUGGCACCCCCAACUCUGCCUCAAACGGUGGCUCCAAGACCACUGCUUCCGGCUCCAGCCAGACCAGCGGCAGCAGCUCUGCCACUGGCACCGGUGCCUCUGCUUCUGCCUCUGGUUCCUCCACCGCCACCGCCUCCGGCUCCCAGAGCAGCGAGACCGGUGCUGCUGCUACCCUCUUCGGCUCCUCCGUCGCUCUUCUCGGCGCUGUGGCCGCUGCCCUUGCUUUGUAA